GCCGCGACGACCCGCGCGCUCCCCUCGGGCGGUAGGGGGCGCGCACCGAGGCACCGCGGCAAGUUUGGCUGCUUGUGGGGCCUGUGCGGCCCUGUGUGUCGGGAAGAUGGAGCAAGAAGCCGAGCCCGAGGGGUGGCCCCGACCCCUCUGACCGAGAUCCUGCUGCUUUCGCAGCCAGGAGCACCGUCCCUCCCCGGAUUAGUGCGUUCGAGCGCCCAGUGCCCUGGCCCUGAGAGUGGAAUGGUCUCCGAGGCCCAGGGCGUCGUGCUUCCGCGCGCCCCGUGAAGGAAACUGGGGAGUCUCGAGGGACCCCCGACUCCAAGAGGGAAAACCCCGGAUGGUGAGGAGCAGGCAAAUGUGCAAUACCAACAUGUCUGUACCUACUGAUGGUGCUGUAACCACCUCACAGAUUCCAGCUUCGGAACAAGAGACCCUGGUUAGACCAAAGCCAUUGCUUUUGAAGUUAUUAAAGUCUGUUGGUGCACAAAAAGACACUUAUACUAUGAAAGAGAGAUGGAGUUUCACUAUGUUGCCCAGGCUGGUCUGGAACUCCUGGGCUCAAGGGAUCUGCUUACCUCGGCCUCCUAAAGUGCUAGAUUUACAGGUUCUUUUUUAUCUUGGCCAGUAUAUUAUGACUAAACGAUUAUAUGAUGAGAAGCAACAACAUAUUGUAUAUUGUUCAAAUGAUCUUCUAGGAGAUUUGUUUGGCGUGCCAAGCUUCUCUGUGAAAGAGCACAGGAAAAUAUAUACGAUGAUCUACAGAAACUUGGUAGUAGUCAAUCAGCAGGAAUCAUCAGACUCAGGUACAUCUGUGAGUGAGAACAGGUGUCACCUUGAAGGUGGGAGUGAUCAAAAGGACCUUGUGCAAGAGCUUCAGGAGGAGAAACCUUCGUCUUCACAUUUGGUUUCUAGACCAUCUACCUCAUCUAGAAGGAGAGCAAUUAGUGAGACAGAAGAAAAUUCAGAUGAAUUAUCUGGUGAACGACAAAGAAAACGCCACAAAUCUGAUAGUAUUUCCCUUUCCUUUGAUGAAAGCCUGGCUCUCUGUGUAAUAAGGGAGAUAUGUUGUGAAAGAAGCAGUAGCAGUGAAUCUACAGGGACCCCAUCGAAUCCGGAUCUUGAUGCUGGUGUAAGUGAACAUUCAGGUGAUUGGUUGGAUCAGGAUUCAGUUUCAGAUCAGUUUAGUGUAGAAUUUGAAGUUGAAUCUCUCGACUCAGAAGAUUAUAGCCUUAGUGAAGAAGGACAAGAACUCUCAGAUGAAGAUGAUGAGGUAUAUCGAGUUACUGUGUAUCAGGCAGGGGAGAGUGAUACAGAUUCAUUUGAAGAAGAUCCUGAAAUUUCCUUAGCUAAGUGUCACCAUGUUGCCCAGGAUGGUCUCGAACUCCUGGGCUUAAGUGAUCCACCUGCCUCAGUCUCCCAAAGUGCAAGGAUUACAGGUGUGAGCCAUCACGCCCAGCCAAAUGACUAUUGGAAAUGCACUUCAUGCAAUGAAGUGAAUCCCCCCCUUCCAUCACAUUGCAACAGAUGUUGGGCCCUUCGUGAGAAUUGGCUUCCUGAAGAUAAAGGGAAAGAUAAAGGGGAAAUCUCUGAGAAAGCCAAACUGGAAAACUCAACACAAGCUGAAGAGGGCUUUGAUGUUCCUGAUUGUAAAAAAACUAUAGUGAAUGAUUCCAAAGAGUCAUGUGUUGAGGAAAAUGAUGAUAAAAUUACACAAGCUUCACAGUCACAAGAAAGUGAGGACUAUUCUCAGCCAUCAACUUCUAGUAGCAUUAUUUAUAGCAGCCAAGAAGAUGUGAAAGAGUUUGAAAGGGAAGAAACCCAAGACAAAGAAGAGAGUGUGGAAUCCAGUUUGCCCCUUAAUGCCAUUGAACCUUGUGUGAUUUGUCAAGGUCGACCUAAAAAUGGUUGCAUUGUCCAUGGCAAAACAGGACAUCUUAUGGCCUGCUUUACAUGUGCAAAGAAGCUAAAGAAAAGGAAUAAGCCCUGCCCAGUAUGUAGACAACCAAUUCAAAUGAUUGUGCUAACUUAUUUCCCCUAGUUGACCUGUCUAUAAGAGAAUUAUAUAUUUCUAACUAUAUAACCCUAAGAAUUUAGACAACCUGAAAUGUAUUCACAUAUAUCAAAGUGAGAAAAUGCCUCAAGUCACAUAGAUUUCUUCUCUUUAGUAUAAUUGACCUACUUUGGUAGCAGAAUAGUGAAUACUUACUAUAAUUUGAGUUGAAUAUAUAGCUCAUCCUUUACCCCAACCCUUAAUUUUAAAUAAUUUCUACUCUGUCUUAAAUGAGAAGUACCUGUUUUUUUUUUUUUAAAUAUGUAUAUGACAUUUAAAUGUAACUUAUUAUUUUUUUUGAGACGUCUUGCUCUGUCCCCCAGGCUGGAGUGCAGUGGCGUCAUCUUGGCUCACUGCAAGCUCUGCCUCCCGGGUUCACACCAUUCUCCUGCCUCAGCCUCCCAAGUAGCUUGGACUACAGUCGCCUGCUACCACACCUGGCUAAUUUUUUGUACUUUCAGUAGAGACAAGGUUUCACCGUGUUAGCCAGGAUGGUCUCGAUCUCCUGACCUCGUGAUCCGCCCACCUCAGCCUCCCAAAGUGCUGGGAUUACAGGUGUGAGCCACUGCAUCCGGCCUAAAUGUCACUUAGUACCUUUCAUGUAAGGAGAAAAUGUGUGAAAGAUUUAGUUUUUGUUGUUGUUUGUUUGUUUGUUUGUAGAUGAGUCACUGUCGCCCAGGAUGGAGUGCAGUGUCAUGAUCUAGCAGUCUCCGCUUCCUGGGUUCAGGCCAUUCUCCUGGCUCAGCCUCUGGAGCAGCUGGGAUUACAGGCAUGCACCACCAUGCCCAGCUAAUUUUUGUAUUUUUAGUAGAGAUAGGGUUUCACCAUGUUGGCCAGGCUGGUCACAAACUCCUUACCUCAAGUGAGGUCACCCGCCUCGGCCUCCCAAAGUGCUGGGAUUACAGAUGUGAGCCACCAUGUGCAGCCAAGAAUUAGUAUUUAAAUUUUAGAUACUCUUUUGUUUUUUUGUUUUUUUUUUCCUGAGACAGAGUCUUGCUCUGUCACCCAUGCUAGAGUGCUGUGGAGUGAUCUCGGCUCACUGCAACUUCCGCCUUCUGGGUUCAAGCUAUUCUCCUGCCUCAGCCUUCCAAGUAACUGGGAUUACAGGCAUGUGCUACCAUACCAGCUGAUUUUUUUGUAUUUUUAGUAAAGACAGGGUUUCACCAUGUUAGCCAGGCUGAUCUUGAACUCCUAAACUCAAGUGAUCUACUCACCUCAGCCUCCCAAAAUGCUGGGAUUACAGAUGUGAGGCACCGCACCUGGCCCCAGAUUUUUGAUACUCUUAAACCUUCUGAUCCUUAGUUUCUCUCUCCAAAAUACUCUUUCUAGGUUACAAAAAAAAAAAAAGCCUCUUAUAUUUGGUGCUAUGUAAAUGAAAAUGUUUUUUAGGUUUUCUUGAUUUAACAAUAGAGACAGGGUCUCCCUAUGUUGCCCAGGCUGGUCUUGAACUCCUGGGCUCAAGAGAUCCUUCUGUCUCGGCCUCGCCAAGUGCUAAGUAGGAUUACAGGCGUGAGCCACCACACCUGGCUGUAAAAAUGUACUUAUUCUCUAGCCUCUUUUGUAUAAACCAUAGUAAGAGAUGGGAGUAAUGAUGUUAUCUGUGAAAAUAACCACCAUUUACCCAUAAGACAAAACUUGUUAAAGCCUGCUGAGUCUAACCUAGUACAUCAGGCCCUUUUUCACACACAAAAAAAUCCUCUUUGGGAUUUAAUGGAAUCUCUUGUUUCCCCCUAAGUUGAAAAACAACUCUAAGACACUUUAAAGUACCUUCUUGGCCUGGGUUACAUGGUUCCCAGCCUAGGUUUCAGACUUUUGUUUAAGGCCAGUUUUAGAAUUCAGAAAAGUUAAUUCAGAAAUUUGAUAAACAGAAUUGUUAUUUAAAAAUAACUGGAAAGAUUGUAAGUUGUUUCUGAAUUAUUCAGAAAUUAUGCAUCAUUUUCCUUCAAGAAUGACAGGGUCAGAAUGUGGAAUUCCAAGAUACCUCUUGAUUUCCUCUCAAGCUCCUUGUUUGGUCAGUGGGCCCAUCCGAGCUCAGCACUGAGAAAUGUUAGUUUCUUUGGGGCCCAUCUACCCUGACUACAUCAUGAUAUUCAUCUGCCGCUAUUGCAAGGUGUUCAGAUUGUGUAAACAUAAAUGUCAUAAGAACUUUAAAGAAGUGCAAUUCUCAAAAGGUUAGGUGGACUAAAGCAUUCUGUAAAGCAACUGCUAAUAAUGAGCUUACAGUGGAUUUGAAUUUGAAAAAUAUAGAAACAAGCCUGUCAGAUAUCUGCAAGAACUAUGGAAUAAAACUACUGAUGCAGUGAAGACAGUUGAAAAGAUCAAACAAAUGCCAAGCUAAAUUUACAAUGAACAAAUCGAAGAAAAAGGACUACAGAAAGUUCAGGACAUCAAAGAAGUCAGGCAAAACUCAUCUUGACCCCUCUUGCAGGCAAAGAAAAGCAGCUGGAAGAAAAGAUGAUGUAACAGUUACAACAGGAUGCGGACAUGGCAGAGGUUUCCUAAAAAUCUCAUUAUCUAUAACCAUUUCUAUAUUUACAUUUGAAAAUCUCCUUUGGAGACUUAGAACCUCUAAAUUAUUGACUUAUUUUUUAUAUAAGGUCACUCCGAUGAAAGGUGAUUACAAAAUCAUCUACAUUGCUGUCUACAAAACAUCAGAUAAUAUGGAUGUUUGAUCGCAUCUCAUUGUUAACUCUUUACUGAUAUAUUUGUAAAUACAGAAGUGAAAUGUGGACAUAAAAUAGUUACGCUAUUUGGUUAAUGGUACUAGACAACAUGUAAUUAAUGACAUUCAAAAAUUUAUGGCUAGUGAUAUAUAUAAAGUAAAAUUUUCUUUGCAGUAAAAUAUGCCCUUCAUUAUAGAAGGGAGGAUAUAAGGAACCAACAGUUUGUAUGAAAAUAGCUCAAAUAAUAUCUUUUAUUUUGAUUUUAAUAUUUCUUAUUUUGGUUUAUUAACAUCUUAGAACAAAAUGGCCUUAUAUAAUGAAGCCUAGUUAUGCUGGACUGUUUUGAUCUCUUUUAAUUGUUCUGACAGAUAGUUGGGGAUGGUAGCCAAAUAACGUUUGCCUGAAAUGACUGACACUAUAUAAUUUCUGCUUUGGCAAAUACCAAGUUUUAACUUGUCAUUCCUGGUAGAACAAGCUUUAUUUUUUGAGCCUAGCAAUGAUCUAGAAGCAGAUGUUAUCUCAAUGCCUUUUACAAUUUGUUGUGUGGUUUUUUUUUUUUUUUUUAAAAGCCACACAAUAAUUUUGGAAAACAAUGUAUGGGUAGAAGAUCUGUCUGUUAAUUGCACACAAAACCACUUUUAAUGGGUACAAAGUUAAAUUCGGAGGAAUAAGUUGUAGCUGAAGUAUUAUGAACUCCAAAUAAUGCUUUGAGGACCUCCAAAGGUAAAAGUACUAAUCCGUUUGGCCAUUUAUUGAGAGAGAGAGAAAGAGUAGGGUGACUAUAGUUAAUGUAUUGAAUGUUCUUGCUACAGAUAAAUGAUAAAUGUUUGAGCUGAUGGGUGUGCUAAUUACACUGAUUUGAUCGAUACCCAUUGUAUGUGAAACAGUACAUCAUAUUUACAAUUAUGUAUCAGUUUAACAUUUAAAAUUUCUAAUAUAAGUAUCUCUCAAACUGUGGAUUAACUUCUUGAUUUAUAUUUAAAUAUGAAUCUUAAGCAAAAUAGUGAAAAUAACCAUCUUGAUUUAGUGUUUUUCUCCCAUAUGUGAAUUGUAUAUACUUAGGUGAGGACAAUAAAAUCAACUGAACUGUAAGCUUAGAAUAGGACUGAGGGGUAAUUUUGCACAGCAACUUUACUAAUGGUACAUUGUUGCUUCAAAACUCACUCACUCUCUCUCUGUCUGUCUCAAUAAAUGGCCAAAGGGAUUAGUAGUUUACCUGUGGAGGUCCUCAAAGCGUUAUUUGGAGCUGAUAAUACUUCAGCUACAACCAAGCAGAAUCUGUCUUUUUUGGAGGUCCUCGAAGCAUUAGUUGGAGUUGAUAAUACUUCAACUUCAAUUUGGAGUUGAUAAUACUUCAGCUAGAACCUAGUAGAAUCUGGUUUUUUCCUUUGGAGGUCCUCAAAGCAUUAUUUGGAGUUCAUAAUACUGAAGCUAGAACCAAGCAGAAUCUGUUUUUUUCUGAGGAGUAUCAGUAGCAUAAAUGUGAUUAUAAACAAAGUACACUUGAUAUAUGUAGGCAAUGACAGCAAUUUAUACAAAAUUUAAUCUGCAAAUGGAUUCAACAUGUUCAUGGGUUAUUAAAAUUGUCUAAUUUCUUAGGUUCUUUAUAGUACACGUGUUGAAAAUAAAUGAUUAAGAAUUGUUUCAAAAAUGCAA